AUGGAGAGCGGCCCCGGGAGCCUGCAGCCGCUAGAGCACGGGGUGGCCGCCGAGCCAGCGCCAGGGACAGGUUCUCCGCAGGAAGGGCAACCGGAGACCAGGCUCGCCGCUGGGGAUGGUCCUGGAGUAUGGGCGGCGGAGAGCAGCGGCGGGAAUGGGCAGGGGGCGGCGGCCGCCGGGAGGAGCCUCUUGGACUCGGUUUCUCCUGCCGGCUCUCCUCAGGUUUCCGGACCCUACAGCUCCUUCCCUGGCUUGGACUUAACGGAGAGCGAUUUGGAGAAUCCUGCUGCCCAGAAGACGCCUCCGAGAGGGCAGCACAAGGUGACCGCCUCCCCGGAGACAGCUGAGGCCGGAGAGGACCAUGGAUCGGGUCGGGCCGGAGACGCCGGCCCCCGCCCUGGUCCCGCCGGCACCUGCCGGGCAGAGUUGGCGGCCGCUGGCUCCGAGGAGCCCAGCAGCGCCGGCGGCCUCAGCAGCAGUUGCAGCGACCCGAGCCCUCCUGGGGAAUCGCCGAGCCUGGACUCCCUGGAGUCGUUCUCUAACCUGCAUUCUUUCCCUAGUAGCUCUGAGUUUAAUAGUGAGGAGGGAGCUGAGAACAGGGUCCCCGGGGAGGAGGAGGAGGAGGGCGCGGGCGCGGGCGCGGGCGCGGGCGCGGGCGCAGCAGUGUUGCCCGGGGCUGUGCCUCUGUGCCGGGAAGAGGAGGAGGAGGAGGGGGAGGAAGCUCAGGUACUGGCUGCCUCCAAGGAACGCUUCCCGGGACAGUCUGUCUAUCACAUCAAGUGGAUCCAGUGGAAGGAAGAGAACACACCCAUCAUCACUCAAAAUGAGAAUGGACCCUGCCCUUUGCUGGCCAUCCUCAAUGUUUUGCUUCUGGCCUGGAAGGUGAAACUUCCACCGAUGAUGGAAAUCAUAACUGCUGAACAGCUGAUGGAAUAUUUAGGAGACUACAUGCUUGAUGCAAAGCCAAAAGAAAUUUCAGAAAUUCAACGUUUAAACUAUGAGCAGAAUAUGAGUGAUGCUAUGGCAAUCUUGCACAAACUACAGACAGGCUUGGAUGUAAAUGUAAAAUUCACUGGUGUUCGAGUUUUUGAAUAUACACCAGAAUGCAUUGUGUUUGAUCUUCUUGAUAUUCCUUUGUACCAUGGGUGGUUAGUGGAUCCACAGAUUGAUGACAUUGUAAAAGCUGUUGGUAACUGCAGCUACAACCAACUAGUGGAGAAGAUCAUCUCUUGUAAGCAGUCAGACAAUAGUGAGCUCGUUAGUGAAGGCUUUGUAGCUGAGCAGUUUCUAAAUAACACAGCCACUCAACUGACAUACCAUGGAUUAUGUGAACUAACUUCAACGGUUCAGGAAGGAGAACUUUGUGUGUUCUUUCGGAAUAAUCAUUUUAGCACCAUGACCAAAUACAAGGGUCUGCUGUAUUUGCUGGUAACAGACCAGGGGUUUCUUACUGAAGAAAAAGUUGUUUGGGAAAGCCUACACAAUGUAGAUGGUGAUGGAAAUUUCUGUGACUCAGAAUUCCAUCUGCGGCCUCCUUCAGAUCCUGAAACCGUAUACAGAGGACAGCAAGAUCAGAUAGAUCAGGACUACCUUAUGGCAUUAUCUCUACAACAAGAACAGCAGAGCCAAGAGAUCAAUUGGGAACAAAUACCUGAAGGAAUCAGUGAUUUGGAACUAGCAAAGAAACUCCAAGAAGAGGAGGAUAGACGGGCUUCUCAAUAUUAUCAGGAACAGGAACAAGCAGCAGCAGCAGCUGCUUCUGCUUCUACACAGGCCCAGCAAAGCCAGCCAGCACAAGCCUCUCCAAGUAGAAGACAACCUGGGAAUAGUGAACGUAAACGAAAGGAACCUCGAGAAAAAGAUAAAGAGAAAGAAAAGGACAAAAAUAGCUGUGUCAUUUUGUAACAAGUGUUGGAUUCUGUUGGAUGCAUCCAUAUGUCUUGAGAAACAAAACCACAGGAGGAAAGGAAGAAAAACCGAUAAAUACCGUCUGUGCCUGAUUUCCCAAUGGAUUUUGCUCAUGUUUUUCAGGGGAAAGGUUGUUCCUAAGUUACAAUCAGACUUUUUCAAGUCACACAGUACACUCUUUAUGAGCUGGAGUUUCAUGUUACAAGUUGGAAAUGCUGUGUGUUAUCAUUGAUGAAAAAUACUGCACUUGUAGCCAAAUAAGCAAAUCACAGCAAAUUUUGUGUCAUAGUGACAUUCAUAACUCAUAUCAGUUAGUAAGCUAUUUUAUCUUCUGUUCUAACAAUGAAUGGAGGUAACUUAUUUUGUCUGAUUCCUUCCUGAAAUCUAAAUAUUAGCACAAUAGUUUCUGAAAUUAACUUUUACAAUGUUAAAUUAUGAUCUAAUCCAAGAGAAACCAGGGGUUUAAUAUAGGGAUGUAAAAUGAAAAGCAACAACAAAAGAACCAAGACAAAAAAAUAACAGAAAUAAAUAACCCUUAAUCCUGAAUUGGACUAGUUCAGCCCUUGAACAGCUUUACCUUUCUUUAGGAAUGUGCAUUUUAGAUAUUAUCUUGAGAACUGAUAAUGGAGCUUGGGUUUAAUUUAGAUAGAAAAAAUAAUUUGCAUUUAUUUUCCAAUAGCAAAAAAUCGCAUAACACCAAUACUCAUAUUCUAUCAAAAUCAGAUAUUAAUGACUUUGUAGUGUGAAAUUUUGAGGAAUUUUGAAAUCCUUAAUAUAGGUAACUUGUACGACAGUUACUAUUGAUUGAUAGUGUGAUAACUGAGUAGGAAGGAAGGAGACCACAGUGGAUGCUAGGCCUUGUAAAUAUGGGAUGUGGAAAAGCAGAUAGUUCAAUGUCUACCUUUUUCUAGAAUUACCUUGAACCUUAAAAUUUAAAUCAUGUUCAUUUGCUGGAAAAUUAAGUAUACUUAUUAAAGCCAACAAAAAAGCACAUUUCUGAAAGGAAGUUAGAAAUAAUCUCUGAGUCUAGUGAAAAAGCAUUAAUAAAACUCUGAAAAUUGAUAAGAAUUGGGAGGAAUUUAUGUAAAAGCAAUCAGAUUUUUUUUAACUUAUGGGAACCAAAUAGACCUAUAACAUCUUGUAGUGUUUAUAGGAUUCAGAAAGAAAUAUUUAUUGAACUUUAUUAUGAGGCAACACAUAUUUUCCUGUAUUUCUACUAUCCUUAAUAGUCCUUUUUAUAUGCUUUAUAUUUAAAAAUUUUAGUUAUUUUUGAAAAGACUAUUGCUGCUGCAAGUAGUUAUGUGAUUUACAUUCUAAGCCUCAGUAAAUUUGUUUAAGAGCAUCUUAAUCUAACCUGAGCAUCCACUUGAAGAAUGUUCUUGUGGUCUAGGGUGACAAUAGACUACAAAAAAAUGUGGUCUGGAGUUCUUAAGCUAUGUCCUUAACAUUCUCCAUGAUCCAAGACUACUUAUAGGAUGAGUCUAUAUGUAAAAAUAAAAAGUAAAGUCUUAUUUAUGGAAGGAAUUAUUCUAAGGGAGAAAUCCAGGGUCAAGCUAUAUCUUUUCUGUCCUGUCCUUCUUUCUGUAUUGCAUGUCUGAUUAUGUUAUACCAUUUGUUUAUUCCUUCAGAUUUCCUAUGCUAGCAUGAUAAAUCAUCAGAGAAUCUGUUUAGGGUAUAAAACUUUGAUACAAAAUAUUUGGUGAGUCUCUAGUUAAUAACCUAGAAUAUGUGUACAUUGGUAAAGUAAUCAGAUGUACUACAGAAUUCUCUGUUGGCUCAAGCAAGCUGACCUUAAUACAAGUUUACUCUUGAUAUCACUCCAUUGGUUGAAGGAGGAAACUCAAACCUCAGGGUUUGUUUUUCCUAGAACAGAUAGUAGUGACAGUGCAUUAUAUUUUAAUAGGAAAAAGCAAAACGGUAAAUCCUGAGAAAUUUUAAAAAGCAUAUUUGAGGCAUAUUUUUCCAUAAUUAUAUACUUAUCUAUUUAUUACCCUUGAAAAAUAUAUGUGUAAAAGUUAUUCUGUUAUUUGUUACUAUCUUCUUAAUUUGUUCCAAAGAUAAUACUGCCAUUCUGCAUUCCCUCUGAAAGAAAAAACUCACUCAAAACCAGCAGUGCUGCUAUCAGAUAAGUAGAUGUCAAUGUAUACUUAUAAAAAAUAACUAAAAAAUGUAAUGUGUUUGUUAAUUCAACCUUUUUUCUAUUUAAUAUUUCCAAGUCAGACUUUCUUACAUUCCUGGAAUUCCAGUUUAAUAUACCAAGAGUAAUAAUGAUAAAAUGUUCGCUUUGAUUACUGUGAGGAAAAAAAUUAAAUGUUCAGUUCUAUUAAAACAAACUUCUUGGAGAUACUGGUUUCCCAUCCUUGAAGGUUAGAGCUAUUGUGUCUUUUAUUUUCUUAUAUUUUGCUUAAGGCAACAAAUUAUAUAUUCAGACAUUUCAUUGCUGGUUUGGGUACAUUGGAAUUCGAUAGUGGUAUAUUCAAGUCUUUCCUUCAGUGUUUUGUAGUACUUGAAAACUGUUACAUGAACUGCUAGCAGACGUUAGAAUUUAAACAUUUUUGCUGUUAAUAUUUAUAGACUAGAUUAAAGAUGCAUUUGCAUCAACCAAUCACUAUUAGAUUCAGCAAAAGAGAUACGAAUGAGUGGAUAUGGUCACUAUACUUUCUUGUACUUUCAAAGGCUAUUUCUUAAGUUUAGUGACCAGUCUUUGUUACCAAUAUGAAAAUUGUCCUGAUGUGUAAUCCCAUUGAAUUAACAAUGCUGUAAUUUACAGUUUUUACAGUAGGUUAUCAACACUUAACAGUAUUUGUGUGUGUGUGUGUGUGUGUGUGUGUGUGUGUGUGCAUUGUGCGUGUUUGUGUGUGUAUCUGUGUAUUUCUGAAGCAAGGAUCCAUGACUUCUAUUAAAGAAAUCUGGGAACUUUCCCUCAAAUUUAAGAAUUACCAUUUAAGAAUACACACACACACACACGUACAUACAUACACUAAGCAGUUUGAGGCAGCUAAAAUUGGCAUUGGCUGCUUCCUGUAAUAUGCUGGUCCAGUGUGCCUGGGUGAAGUGACUUCUUCCAUGUUUCAAGGUGUCAGUUUUGCAGUCGAAUGAGGCAUAGAUUUAAGUUUAGGAUUACGUUUUGGAAUAUAUUUUGUUGUGUCUUAUAUUUCUAGUAUUUGGCAACUUAUCCCAUAUUAUGUUUCAAAUUCUUCCUCAUACUUCUUGAUCUUAGCCUAAUGAAGCAAGUCAGUAUCAGAGAUUAGUUGACUGAACCCAACAUUCACCAUUUUGUACUUUCACAAAACCUUAAUACUUUGCUUUUAUGAAUCACCAGCUCAGGUCACUAAGAGAGAUCUUGAGAGGAGAGAGGACUAGAAGUCAAAUAGAUAUUUAAGGGAAGAAUUGUUAUAGUCCCUAAAUUAACAUUGGCAUAUGAAGCAGAUAUCUGUAAAGUCCUACUGGAGAAAUAGUCAAGGCAAGAAUUUCCAGAACUGUCCUCAAACUCAUUUAUUUAAAAAAAACUCUUUUAAACAAAAAAGCAAAUCAAUUAUUGCAUUUCACUUAAUUUCCAAUUAAAUAUACCAGUUAUUUUAAAAUACGAUGGAAAACUUAACAGGCUUUACCUAUCAUACAGUACUUGGGCAUACAACUUACUAUCAUUGUAAACUUACUAAUGCUUGAUAAUAUAACAUGGAAGCAUUAAAGAUGUACGUAAUUUGUAUUUUAAGGAAAUGGAAAUGUGGAAGUCUGAACUGUUUUAGUCUAAAAAUCUGGCUUUUAUCUUUCCAGGGGCAAACUUUCUGUGCCUCAGUUUAUUCUAAAUAUGUAAAAGAUGCUCAUUUUUUUAGUGCUUUACACUCCUGAAUAACGGGCAUAGUAUAAGCUCAGAAUAUUACUUAAAUAAUCAUAAAUAUUAUAGUUUUUGUUCUUGAGUGUGCAGAUCUUUUCCCCAAUAACAGUAUUUCUUAAAGUCAGUUUUUUUAAUGCUGUUAAAAUUUGUAGAAUUAUCUUGUCUUUGAGUAUGGCAUCAUCACUUCCCAAAAUGUAUAUUGUGGUUGCUUUUGUGUUUUGAUCAAAAUUGAGAGUAUUUUGAGAGUAUAAGAAGCAUUAAAAGUCUAUUUUUUCCAGUAUCUUUCAUAUAUCUAAAUAUUUAGACUCUCUUUGCCUUUUUCUCAUGGAACCAAGUACAGUGGUAUUAGGGUUACUAAUACAUAUAUGUAAACUUUUGUGCAUGGAUGGAAUUCAUUUAGGUCUGUUAAGUGCUGUCAUUUUUAGGGCUAUUUGAAUUAUUUCUGUUUUUUAGUAUAAAAUGUUAUUUGAUGAUGUGCAGAUAAAUUCCUUUUAGAAAGUGACUGAAAAUCAGAGUUCUUUGGUUCUCUGGGAAUAUAGUGGUUUUUUGUUUUUGUUUUUGUUUUACUGAUAUCCAACAUUUCUAGCUGCUGAGAAAAUCUUAUGAAGAACUGAGGUUACUUUUCUCAGGUAACACUUUAAAACGAACUAAAGUUUAAAAUCAAAGCCUUCUUGCCCAAAAAAACUGCAAAAUAGAGAUAACGGAGUCUGAGGAACAGACUGUAGGACCCAGGUAAUUUGAACUUCUUUUGAAGAUCUAUCUAAAUUUUAAUUCACACAUGUCUGUUACUUAAUCCCAGUGUCUCUGCUGUUAGAAAUUAGAGUUUAAUACAUUGUGAAUAUGCAUAUAUAUUUUUACAUAAAGUAUCCUAGUUUCUAAUUUCACUUUUCUGAUCUAAAUAAAUUAAACUCAAAAAAUUGGGCCAAAGUCUUCGACAAUGGCUGAACUAUUACCAAGUUCAGCUUUGUCCUGUUGUCCUGAGAUUUAGACUUCUCUGCCUAUAACUUGGUAUUUUUGAGAACAUGGUACUACCCGAGAUAAACUAUUGAAAUACCAUGGCAUAAAUACAAAACCUGAACUAUAAAUCUCUGUAGAUUUAAAAGACAAAAAGUUCUAGUAUUAUUCUAUAAUGCAUCUUCUUUAUUUGAUACUAAUUUUAAGAAUUUUUUUCAAAUCACUUAAUAAUUUGUCAUUAACUUUAAAAACUUUAUAUCCUUCCUCACUGCAGCAUCGUGCUUUAGAGGCAGAGAUGCCUCCUAGAUUAGAGGAUGCACAAAGCAAAAUUUUUCUGAAGGUGAUGCUGGCUUCUUUGGGUCUAGGAGUUAACACCUCUAAGCAGGAAGUCAGGAAACUGCCCAUUUAAAUUCCCAAAUCAGUGACCUGUCCAAACGGGCAUUAUCACUUAGUACCCUAUAGAGUAGUUCUAACUAACAAUACGUUUAAAGACUAAGAUUGGCAUUUAAUCUUGGAAGAUCUGUCUGGUGUGUCACAAUUUUGUCAGUUUUUAUUCCUUCUUACAUCUUAGUUGUACGAGGUAAUCAUUUUUCUUUUCCCCAGAGUACGUGAGAUAUCAUAGCUCUACAGAUUUUUAAAGAUGGGGAUAUGAAAAAUGGUUUCUGUUAAAAAGCAGUUUUCCUCAGUAAAAUGACCACCACUGUUUUCACAGACCCACACGUCACAAGUAGGACAUGAUGAUAGAAGACUGAUGUGUGACUGCUACACAACAGUCAGCAAAAGGGAUAAUCUUCACUUGUGACACUUUUAGAGGUACCUGAAAGUCAUUUCCUAAAGUUAGUGCAUGUGAGUCUUUUUCCUUGAAUUGUGCAGAAUAACUGGAUGUGGCACAUAUUUUGGGGAACAGCAAGUGAAAUAGUAUCAUGACUACAGAGCAAGUGAUCCCAAAAUGUAGUAAGAAGAAACAGAUUUUCUUCCUCCACUUUCACGUCUGACUACUUGGAUCAGGAAGUUGCUAUGACAUAUCCUAGAUCUCUUGUGUUAGGCCAAAAUAGGCCAAUUGAAAUAGAGUUCUUAAAGAGUUUAAAUAUAUAAUGUAUGAGUGCCUGCCCUUUCCUCCUCCUUUUCUUCGCGAUCUUAACACCCUUUCUACUUCUAAUUCAUUCAUUUUGCUUUAUGACCAGCUUUAAUUGCAAUUUGAGAAUAAUAGCAACUGUAGAGACUGAUACAAAACAGCAUUGAGCUCCGUUUUCAAAUGACACCUAAAAACGUCUAUCUGCCCAACUUAGAAUUGAACUGAAUUUCUAUGAAAAAGUUAUUGGUUUUAAAUGCUAAUUAUGUUAAAACUAUUUAAUUCUAAAAACUAUGUCUUAAGCAAGUUUCAAAAAUUUCACUUUUGGAGGAUAUUCCUUUAAAAAGGCAUAUUGAACAUAGAUGGGAAAGUAUAAAAUAUUUCUGACAGAAUUAUUCAGUAUUAUUCAAUAUUUAAUUUCAUGUUUGUUAUUGUACCACAAGGAUAGUGUCAUUCUUGGAUUAAAAUGUUGGAUUUUUUUGUUAAUGUACUUAAAACUGUAACCAGUGAUAACACCCUUAGUAUUUUUUAUUAUAGAUUAUAUUUUAUUUCAAUAAACUUUGAUAUUUAGACCAAA